CAAAUUUGUCCCCAACGGACGCCGUCGUACCAUACAUGAUACAUCAUCUCCUUUGCCCGUGGAUGAGUUUCCCGUUGAGAGAGCUUUCAGCUCCCGCGCCGGCGAGGAGUCGAGCCUUGAUUUGGGCGAGAGCGAAUGACGCGGAGGGAAUACGACGACGUCGAGCACUGAGAAGAGUGGACUGGGAACUAGAGAAGGGGAAUUACAAGGCGGCUCUAUCUCUCGUUAAGCAGCUGCAAGGAAAGCCUGGUGGCCUCCGCGGCUUCGCUGCCGCCCAACUGGUGCCUAAAAGGGUUGUGGAGCUUGAUGGAUUGAACAUGAAUUUGCUUGAUACAACGUCUCUUGAGAGGCUAGUUGAUUCUAUUAUGCGUUCGAUCAAGUGCAGCAUCGAGUUUGCAUCAUUAGAUGAGGAGGCCUCAAUUUUGGCAAUGGAAAACUCUGUGGACACUGAUUCUAGUGAAGCCUCUAGUUCCGCUCUUGAAGACCAUCAAAUAUGUAUUCAACACGAGGCGGGUCAUUUUCUUGUAGGUUACUUGGUGGGGGUUUUACCAUAUAGAUACAAAGUACCUAGUGUGGAAGAUUUAAUUCAGGACAAGUUUGCUCCGGGAAAUGUUGAGUUCUGUGGCUUUGAUUUUCUCAGAAAAGUUGGUGCUUCAACUGUAUCAUGCAAAAAACUUACGAAAAGAAAGCAAAUGGUUGAGGUAAACACAAACAAAGUUUCAUCGAAGGCUUUGAACAGGUUCUUAUGUGUAACGCUGGGAGGGCUGGUUGCGGAGUACCUGGAGUUUGGAUACUCGGAAUUACUUCACUCAGAUGUCGAGAAGUUGGACAAAGUGCUGAAAUGGUUGUACUUCAGAGAAGAUGAUGCAGACUUGCACUUAAGAUGGGCAGCCCUUAACAGCUUAGUGAUGUUAAUUGGUUAUGGUGAAGCUAGAUUGAGGUUAGCAGAGGCCAUGAGUUUGGGGCGAUCAGUCGGCUGUUGCAUUGAUACCAUAGAGACAACAUUAGACCAUCUGAACCGCUGAAUGAGGUGACUAAGAAAGAGAAAAUGGGAGGAAAAAAAAAAAACUUUCGUGUUGCGCUGAAUGAGUUUCUCCAUGCAUGCCCACAUUUUCAAACCAAAAAUCCUUCCUCUUGCAAGCCUCCUAUUUCUUCUCUCUUCACCCUCUCUCCUCCACAUAUGUAUUGUUUUUUCAAAAAUCACACCAAGAUGCAUGUGAAGAUUGCUAUUGGAGAUCAGUUUAGCAAGGGAAUGAGCAUAUGCAUCCUCUCAUCUGCGUUUAGGCAUUCCAGACCAAAGUUCAACUAAUGAAAGAUUAAAUGCAACAUAUGGGGUGUGGAUGGAUGAGAUGGUACUGAUUUAUUAUUUUUCAAUUAUAAUAGUAUUUUUACUUUUAAUCUUUGACUAUUUUAAAUUAACUCAAUUUGGUUCAAAAUACUUAAAAUGUCUUUAUUUUUACCAAA